CCCGCCGAGGCGAGCAUCAGCUGUUGGCGCUGCUCGGCGGGCGGCAGUCGGCGUGCGUCGUCGCUUGUGUGCUGUUGCUGUGUCGCGUGCUGCCUCCGUGUGUGCGGUCUGUCUGUCUGUCUGUCGCGCGAUGCUGUCGGCUCGAGUGUGCGGUUGCGGGCGGCGCGGCCUCUGGUGGGGUCUGGCGGCUGGAGCCGCGCUGCUGGCGGUCGCUCUGGUGUUGCGCUGGGCCGCCUUCCCCGCCAUCCUCACCGCCAAGAUCAAGCAGGCGGUUCAGCUUCACGACGGUUCACCUGCCAUGGAGCGCUUUGUGCAGCUGCCGCAGCCGCUGCUGUAUAAGGUGUACCUCUUCAACGUCACCAACCCAGACGAAGUGGAACAGGGUGCCAAACCAGUCCUGCAGCAAGUCGGACCCUACGUUUACGAGGAGUGGCGGCGCAGGCGUGACGUCACGAGGAUGGCGAACGGCUCGCUGGACUACCGGCUGGAAACGACCUACCACUUCAGUCCGGAGCGCUCUCCAGGACUGUCCGAGGACGACGAGUUCACCUACCUGAACGUCGUCAUGGUGGGCAUAGUGGUGCAGGUGUCGGAGGACUACUCGUCGCUGCUGUCGAUGGUGGAGCCGGUGCUGUCUGAGCUGGUCCCGGGCGGCGCGCAGCUGUUCCAGCGCGCCUCUGCGCGGCAGCUGCUGUGGUCCGGGGUGCCCACCGUCGACUGCCGAGGAAACCUGUCCGCCGUGGCGACGCUCGCAUGCGGCGCGCUGCCCUCCCUGCUGCCGGCCACCGUGCAGCAGACCGAGCCCGGCGUCUACGUCUUCUCCUUCUUCGGAUUCAAGAACGGCACAUCCAAACAGUGGUGGCGGGUGGACUCUGGCGUGGAGGACGUGCGCACCCUGGGCUCCGUCAUAUCGUAUGACAAUAGUUCACGGCUCAAAGUUUGGUCGCCUAGCAACAGUCCAUGCAACGAGAUCCGUGGCACAGACUCUACGCUCUUCCCACCUUUCAUCACGCCCAAUGACACCAUCUACAUCUUCGCUCACGAUAUCUGCAGGUCCAUGCACGCGGAGUAUGAGGGCGAGCAGGACGUGUCUGGGGUGCACGGUCUGCGGUUCGUGGCCUCUGGCAGCCUGCUACGCCGCGGAGGGCCCAACGCCUGCACCUGUCCCGACGGGCGCUGCCUGGCCACGGGCGCCAUCUCUGUCCGGGAGUGCUUCAGGGCGCCCAUCGCCGUAUCGUUCCCGCACUUCUACCAGGCGUCUCCAGAGUACCUGCAGUACGCCGAGGGCCUGAGUCCCAACAAGGAGCUGCACGAGACCUUCGUCGUCAUAGAGCCGGAGACUGGCACACCGCUGGUGGGGGCGAAGCGGCUGCAGUUCAACAUGAAGGCGGUGAGGGUGUCGCAGGUGCCGGCGCUCCGCAACGUCAGCGAUGGCCUGUUCCCGCUGCUCUGGGUCGAGGAGGGCGUGGAGCUGGAGGAGAAGCAGCUGUCGCAGGUGCGAGCGCUGUACGUGGCGCGGGCGUCGAUGGGGGGCGUGGCGUGGGCGGUGCUCGCGGUGGGUGUGGCCGCGCUCCUCUUCUGCGCCGUCCGGCUGGCCAAGGCCAGAGUAGCUGAGCGCAACAGGUCGCUCUCCCUGGAGAAGGGUGUGACCGCCGGGGGUAAGCUGUCGGUUCCGACGCUGGGCGCCGCCUACCCGGAGUCCGCCACCAAACGGCCGUCGCCUCCCGCCGCCGCCCCCGCCGCCUCCGCCGCCCCCGCCGCCCCUGUGGACGCGACGCAUUUUUGACGCCGCCCCCGGCGCCCCGCAGAGGCGGUAAUCAUCGGGGGACCGCUAUGGUGCGGCCCCAACCCACAACGUGACGCCACGGCGUCCACUCCGACAUGCGUCUCGUCUUGGCUCCCUGGUCACCACGGCUGGACAAACCGCGGCGGCGUACGUCACAGUGCCGGGACUAGCUGUCUGUCGGUUGUCCCACGUGUGACGUGAGUGCCGAGUUGUGGACGAAAACAGUACUGCGGCACGUGGAGUCUGCCGACGCUGUGUGAACUCUGAUCAAACCAUCUGUUAUGUUUACCUCUUUUGGGUACCUUGGCAGUCCUGUAAGUAAGAUACACGUUGUGGGUGUUUGGGCUACCCCAGCGGGUCUGUUCAGUAUAUGCUAACUGCUCUACAUCGUCUGCUGCUUACUUCUGGCAUGUAGUAACUUCUGUUGUCUGCACUUUGACGGUCGUUUUGUGAAACUCGUGCGUGCACGACUACGUUGACUCCAAGCAGUUGAUGAUAGCUCGUGCAGAGCCUCCUCUCGGGAAUAAAGUAGAAGGCUCUGAACCCUUCAGCGUGACCUGUCUGGUGACAACUUGGUCGCGCACGCUUGACCAUAAGACGAGGCUUUCGUAAGAAGUGUGGGCACCGGCAAUUGCUCCUUCCUGGGAGUAACCACCAUCCAUCACCUGACGAUGACGAGAAGACGCCUCUAAGAAAUUUUGUGGGUUUUGCACUACGUGAUCCACCGGCAAACGAAGAGCCAUACAUUGAAUAUACAACACUGUUUACUAUCGAUGUGAAAAAUCUGAUGCAAGCAACAUGAACACCGCACAUUAGAGGCUAUUUUGCAAUCACAUACGUCCCAAAGAUAUGGUUUUUAGGGGAGUGAUAUCGUCUUUGGCGGAGGUCAAUAAGUUACACGUUUCCCGGUGUCCAACCAGAUUUAUCUUUUUUUUCACAAUUCUUCUCAAGUCUGACCCAAAGUCAGCGAUUGGUCCUGAUGACCAUUUUAUUAGACAUUCUCGCCACACAGAUAGCGAAAUAUUACACAGACGAAUGAAACUGUUAAACCAACUGUGCAUCCAGAUUCAUAAGCCGCUCAUAAAAUACAAUACACUGUAAUUUCCUGAUAUCCAAAAGAGGGUUUUGGCAAAUGAUAGGCGGCCAACUACUUAAUUUUGUAUGAACCUAGAUAUUCCAAAACCCUUUUACUCUUAGUGUAACGCUAUGCUUUUUAAAUGGCAUUAGGGACGUCUCGUAAGACCAUGACACUGAUUGACCGCUUGUUAAUCCACGCGCUAAAAGAUUUUUUUUAAAUGUCAGAGGAAUGUACUCAAAUUUAGGACCAAAUUACCCAGAGUCCUCUGUUGUGGAGUAAACAUCAUCAACAGUGGCCACAUGCCUUUAUAUACUGCAAGGAGGGGAGAAGUGUUUACAUCGCAUAGCGGAUGCCUGAUACUUGAAACAUUUUUCGGCGCAAUCCUUAACAAGCGCAAAUAACAGUAGUGGUAUUUUCAAUAACUUUCGAAUGCCAUUCAAGGAAAAUUCAUCGUUCUGUUUUAAAGUAAUUGCGUCUACAUUUCGUAUGAUAAAAAAGCGAUCUUCUAUCGUGCAAGAAAUUAAAAGGUGUAUUAUGUUCUAUCUCACUUUUCCUGUAAAAUAGACGAUAUGUGGUCUUCACGCACAGGAAUAUCACUUGUCUGCGGUACAUAAAGAUAUAUGACAAGGAAUUCGCAAAAUUCUUCGUGACCUCAAACUUGCAGAAGAUUAUUCGUACAGCUGCUCAUCGACCCGAAGCAUUCUGCACUCUACUGUGCCUUCGUUCACCUUCAUAUAUUUCCAUAGCUUACACACUUCUUCCUCGUCGUUCAUAUUUUGGAUGAACUCCAAAGGUACCUAACCAAGCAACUCACAAGUAGCAAUGAACCACCGAACGAAGCCCUUCUUCAAAAAAUACUUAGCCAGACAUGACACAAGGUUGUGUGCGUUCUAUGCCAAAGACAGUCAAAGAAAUUCUGCGCAACAGAGGUAUUCAUAUAAACUGUUCACAGAUUUUUUUUAGGCUUUUGUGGACUUCGCUGGACAUUUAUGCCCAGAUCUUAAGUGUCUCAUAGAUACAGUGCAGCCACUUGUUGCUCCACUUUUCUCUACUGAGACGGCGUUAUUUUCAAAGGAAUCAUACAAAGAGGGUCUACCCAAACUGUAAACUAUUUUAUGAAGUUAAGCACUUUUCACAGGAAACGUAUUAUAAAGUCAGUCAUACAAGGAGAACGAGUGUGCAUCACAUGAACAUAUCUAUUACGAAACAUGUAAUAUAGUGUUGUUGAGUUAUGUGCUCGUAAUGUGUUGCUCCAUAAGACACUGCGAGUCAGUGACAAUUUUAAAACACUGUUGAAAUAAAA